AUGAAUGCUGGGGAGGUCAACUACCAUUAUGAUAUUUUCGCCAGCUCCACAAAUACAAGCUGGACCACGAACGGCGACCGCUUCGCAUCGGGACGACAGAAUGGUGGAUGGGUCAGCGGGCGGAUCCACGAUCCUGGAUCUUGCGACGCCCGCUUUGAUAAGCAUGUGGUCGUGCAAACGGCUCAAUUCCUAAGGCCCCAUCACAGAAAGCAGCUGGUACGGAACGGGAACUGCCCGCCCGUGUCGCUGCCACCGGAGACUGGACGUGCGCUAUCUACAAAGACAACGCAUGCACACCUCUUCGAUCGCAUCGAUCAGGCUGGAAGCCUCCGUCAAGAAAAUCUCGUGGAUGGGAACGAGGAGGGGGAUGGGGAUGAUGAGCACAAGGACGACGAAAACGUGGGCUCAAGCUCCAAGAACAAGGGAAAGAAGCGAGUGCCAGAUAACGACGACCCCGAGACUCUCAUCGAGAUGCUGGCCCUAAUCGCGGGCGAAGGGGACGAGACGAAAGUUGCAGAAGAGCAUGACUUUGGUAACGUGCCUCAGCAGCGCGAAGUUCGAGUACAUGAGAAAACGCAAGAAGUGUUCCAAGGCAUACCGAGGCCAGAUCAGUCCCAGCCUGGUAUAACAAGGACAGACGGUAUUCACGCGAGCGCAUCUCCUUCCGGAGCCAUACGGGGCGAGGUUGUCCGAGUUCGACGACGCGAUCACCAACAUCUUUGGCUCGUCUUUGGGCCACAGCUCUCUCUUGAUACGCAAUAUCUGCUGGGCGAAAACAUCACACGAAGGUUUCGAAAUUCGAAGCAACAGGCAGUACCUGCAAGAGCGAAUUUGCACAAGUCGCCGUCGAUUGGCCACGUCUCACUAGAAGACUCGUGGUAUCAAUUGCCCAGGCCAUUUACAUUGGAUAGGACUCUUGCAAUGGAGCCACGAAGCGCUGGGAGAAGAUUGGCAGAAGAAGAGGAAUGCAGAGGCUUCGAAAUCGAAAGUCAAAAUCACGGACUUGUAAAUGAUCAUCAAUUUAAAGAAGGGAUUCUCAAAGCAUCGGAGACAUACAUCAGCGUGUCGAGCGGUUGCAAAGCCAAACAUACGCUGAGAAGCUCUUGCACGGACGUUUAUCUGGCUUUGAAAACUCUAUUCAAGACUGACCGUCACCGAAGCCCCUUUCCAAAUGGUGUGUUCCGGUUCAAACCGGACAAGAACUCGCACAGUGCAGCAGCUUUCCGAUAUUCCGUCCUCGGUUCAACGCCGCCGCAUUCCCUUACAGGAGAAACAGAACCACUCGAGCUGUUCAAACGCCUGUGGAGCACGUUGAAAUGA